AUGGUGGCUGACACAACACCUGCGGUCAUCAUCGAGCCUGGAACGGGCUCCAACCUCCGCGAUGUUCACGAUGCUGUCGGACGUGAUUUGCUGGCUGGUAACCGGUGUCUUUGUGUGCCGAACGCUGCCCCACCUAAUGCGGUCUUUGAGUCCUUUCCGUCGGCCAGCAAGGGUGGCUUUGAUAUCAAUACGAAUAGACCGAUGCAGAGCAAUGCGGGAUGUGACGACGGCGCCCGUGCAAGCAGGUCGUUGUAUUAUCUUCCACGAAUCGACACGCAUGCAAUUGGAAUCUCGGCAAUCAAAGAUCCGGUCAGGAGUGCGGCAUUCAUCCUGGGUGGGGAGCUGGGUCCACUGCCCACCCCUCUCGGGGUCGCCCGACGGCCAGCUAGGCUCACCAAGGCUAUACAAGAGCGUGCGACAUCGCGCCAUGCAGCAUUCCUCUUGCGUCUUGACACUUUCUCACUCGAGCUUCGACUGUCACUCUCGAUUCUUUGUCUCUCGAACACAGCACAGACUCCCCGACUGGAACGUCCCUGCACGGAACCCGAAAAGCGCACCCCUCAAUCACCCCACACGACCUCCCACACUUCCAUCAACAUGGCUCCCAUGGCAGUCCAGCAGCAGGCGCAGCCCGCGCCCGCCGAGCAGCCCAAGAAGGAGUUCAAGCAGUCCACGGCCAACCUGCCCAAGGAGGCGAUCAAUCGCACCUUUCGCGGCGACAAGGAGGGCAAAAUCAAGCUGGAAGUCCUUCCCGACUUCGUCAUGAAGAACGACGAAGAGUCUCUUCUUCUGAACCGUGAAUGGGUUAAGGAGCACCUCGUUAUCGCUUUCCGUUACUGGGGAGCGCUGGGUUUCGGUGAGGGGGUUGCAGGCCACAUUACAGUGAAGGAUCCUAUUUUGCGCGACGUGAGUAAUGAGAAAACGGCUCGUGAAGAAGAGGAAGGGUGGAAGAAGUCAACAGUGGCACGAAAAUGCGUAAAUUCGAUGGCUGCUGAAAAGGGAGGAGAUGGAGGAGCAUUUUGGACGCUAGCGAGGUUGAGGUGGCGCCCAGAACUGGGGGCGAGGGAAAGUGACGUGCCCAGGCGCCCUUGGCGGUUCGAUGAAGUGGAAUGGAGGUGGGAGCCUCACUACUGGAUGAACCCGUUCCAGAAGCACUUCAAGCUCAUGAAGAAGAGUGACCUCGUCCUCGUGACUCCCGAGGGUUACGUCCACCCAACUCUUGGUGCCCAGAAGCCGAUCAACGCCGCCGGCUUCUAUAUCCACUCGUCGAUUCACAAGGCUCGCCCCGAAGUCGAGGCUAUCGGCCACUGCCACUCUACCUUCGGCAAGGCCUGGAGCGCUUUCGGCCGCCCUGUCGAUAUCACGAACCAGGACUCGUGCAUCUUCUACGAGAACCAGGCCGUUUACAAGAGCUUCGGUGGAGUCGUGCUCGCGGCAGAGGAGGGCGCCAACAUCGCCGCGGCCCUGGGACCCAAGAACCGCUGCGCGAUUCUGCAGAACCACGGCCUGCUCACUAUUGGCUCGACCGUCGACGAGGUCGCGUACACGUUCUCUCUGCUCGAGAAGCAGUGCCAGAUCCAGCUCGCCAUUGAGGCCGCCGAGGCCAACGGCAUCAAGAAGGUCAUCAUUGACGACGACGAUGCCGCGUUCACUGCCUCCACUAUCCAGAACCCCGGCGCGCUCUACUUCUCCUUCCAGGGUGAGGCUGAAGUUAUCCAGACCCGCGAGCCUGAGCUCUACGAGUAA